AUGGAGACUCGUCAAGGGUGCUGCCUCAGUUUCAGAAGGCUGCUGGGUCUGGGACCUAAUGAAGACCAGGAACAACAGAUUGAUGAGAAUGCGGUGGUCGUCUCAGAGGCUGGAGAGGAAGGAGGCAAGCAAGGGGUUGUACAGGGCGAGUUUUCUCAGGGUGAGCUUGAUCAGGGCAAACUUGCUCAGGGUGAAUUUGCUCAGGGCAAAGUUGCUCAAGAAGACCUCACUCAGUUAAGUCCUACUCUGGAAGUCACAGGAGUAGUAAAGGAGGGAGAAAAUAAAGAAGAAAUGGAAGAAGAAUAUGCUCGCAUUGGUGCUUCUAGCUCCAUGGACAAGAUUCACCCAAUAGAAGUCCCUAGCAGCAGUGAUCAGCCACAGCCUCAGCAAGAGGCUGCUAUGCCUGAGGGCACCAACAGUCUACUGACUGGGGAUAGGCAGCCUCCCCGGCGCCGGCCCAGGUUUACACUGUCUCAACUGCAAGAUCUGGAGCGCCUUUUCCAUGAGACGCGCUACCCAAGUUUGCGAGCAAGAAAGGAUCUUGCAAGAUGGAUGGGUGUGUCCGAAGCUGAUGUGCAGGAUUGGUUUAGGACCAGGAGAUCCAUUUUCAGAAGAAAUAAUAGAUUGGUGACGUUCUACAGUAUGCCACCUGGUCCACAGAACAAUGCUUCCUAA